UGACACUUUACCCGCAUCGGAUCAUUGUUGUUUACAUCAUACGAAUAGAGAGUGACAGCGUAAAUAUAUUUUAUAAGCUGCAUGAAAUCCAUUGUAAUGAUAUUGCUACAUCUGUGAAGUUGUAAGAAUGGAAAAUUGAAUUGUGAACAUUAUUAUACAGUGCGAUCUCUGGUGUCAUCUACCUAUGAUGCACGUAGCAUUGUUUUUGUCAUCGGUAGCGUUAACUAACUAACGUCACCGGUAGAAUCAGCCACAAUUUAUCAGCCACAACCUCCCUAAUCUCACCUCAUUUACUCACAUCGUAUAUAAAAUUAUUUUUUUUCUACUGUAUUAUUGACCGUAUGUUUGUUUUACUCCAUGUGUAACUCUGUGUUGUUGUAUGUGUCGAACUGCUUUGCUUUAUCUUGGCCAGGUCGCAAUUGUAAAUGAGAACUUGUUCUCAACUUGCCUACCUGGUUAAAUAAAGGUUAAAUAAAUAAAUAACAUGUUUAAUAAUAUUUUCUACAAUCGUAACUAUUUUAAUGCAUACGAUCGCUUAAAUUCGUGCAUUGUUGUAUGGUAUUGUAACGACCCUGGGUUUAUAAACGCGUAAAUCGACCCUGAGAGGUUGUGAAAGCAUGUGCAGGCUGAAGUACAGUAACGUUAGUGUACAGUAGUUUAUUUUCGGUCCCAGUAUAUGGCACAAUUUUCCAGUAUAUGGUACAAUACAAUCUAGUAUUAGCUAAUACAUGUAUCAUGUUAGCUAGUUUAAAUGUGUGAAAACCGUGAUAUUUGCCUUGCAUUUCAACCUAGACACACAUACAUUAGCAACGUGUUAGGCUAUUCAAUUCCCUUGACGUUCUGCAUGCAUGAAUACUUUACCAUAAUGGAAGAUAUGCAUUAUGUUAAUCUUACUAUUUGCCAAUGUAGAUGGGCGGCAGGGUAGCCUAGUGGUUAGAGCGUUGGACUAGUAAAAUACAGUUUUUUUUAAAAAGUGACAUGCAUUGAAUGCUAGAUAACUUUAUAUGCAUGGUUUCCAUAAAUGCAGUGUGUACUUUGCAAAGAUGAAAACCCUUCCAUGAUGAUACUCCCUUCCUGUAUUUGUCAUAUAGGCCUAUGCAUUCUUUGUCCUAUAGCUACAUAACUAAAUCUAGUAGCUGUCACUUAUCAUUCAUGCUGCAGCUUGGCUGUAGAUGUGUUCUUAUGUAUUCUCUGUAUGGAUUAUGUAUGAACCCUUGGACAUAGAGGUACCUCCAGUGCUCCCUCCUGCCUCUCGUUCAGCCCCUGCCCCUGGUAAUCUACCCAAGGCCCCCUUGUAUCCAUCCCAGGCUUCUGUCCUUCCGGUGAGGGCGGCAACCAGUAGAAUAGCCUAUGACUAAUGGCAGGAACUCUCAUGACAGACAAGUCUGAGGUGAGACACCAGCCUGAGAUCUGUCCUUUUUUUCCAAUGUUGGCCUCUGCUACGCUGAUCUUCAACAGGGGUCCCUCAGAGUUGUUCUCGGGGGACAGAUCAGUGUCUGUAGAGAGAAAACAUUUGACCAGGUGGAGUCAGGCUUCUUCUUCGUCUUUGGACCACUACACCAACAAGGCAGAAGACGCCAAUUUUGGAUCAAUUAUGCUGAUGCCCCACUGUAAGAACCUGGAGAUCUUCACUGUUUCUGGUGGAGGUGACGUGGCCACAAACAAUCCAUGGGACACCUUCCAACGCUACCUCUGUCUGGACAACAGCCAGAGGGUGAUCAAGACAUCUUCAACCUCAUUGGAGGAGACGACCCAAGGUUCCUUGCCUCAGACUUCCUCCAAUGGGUUUUGAGAAGGAUCUCCUCCAUCACUGCAACGGAUUGUCUGGUCUGCUGUCCGGUCUGCCACCUGCCCUCCUUCGAGGUCCUGCACGACUCCAGGGCAAGGAAGCGUGCAGGAAAGAUCAUUGCCAACCCCUUCCGUCCCCUCUUGCAAACGGUUCAGGUCAAUCACGACCAAAACCUCACGCCACCUGAACAGUUUCUUCCCCUUGUGCCAUGGCCCUCAUCCAACCAGCAACCUGGUCUACGAUGAUCCUGUCAUCCAUGGACUUUGUACUCUGCGCUAUUCAUCCACAGACUAUUCACUGCACUAUCAUCCCAGAACUGCACAUUGCUCUUUGCAUUCUCUUACAUGCAUAAUUUAUAAUGUAGCUUAUAUCACAGUGUACAUACUGUAUGUGAAUCUGUGGAGAUUCUGCAGGUAUAUAUUUUUUGGUCUGUAAAUUGUGUUUAUCAUCUGUCUGUAUAUUGUUUAUUGUUGCAGCACCAUUUCAGUCAUUCCUGUACAUGCAAAUGUAUUUGGCGAAUAAAGCUGAUAUGUUAACCUGA